GACGUCUGAAGAACCUCGUGGAGCUCCUUACCAUCUUCCUUCCCCCACCAAACCAUGCACCAUGCAGCUGUGAAACAUCGCGGCGCUUUGCUUCGCUAACAGAAAGGACCCAAAUAGUGCUCUGUCAUCCUACAAGAGUUCACCCCAGUGCUGUUGGAAGGCCAAGAGCAGGGCACUGCUGUGCUGCCCUCAGACUGUUGAUGUCCUCAGCUGCUGCAGGAGAAGCACCAGAGCUGGAACCCAGUUUGUUACUGGACUUGUGGAAGAGGAAACACAAAGACUUCCAAAUGAAUAACCGAAAGGAAGAUAUGGAGAUUGCCUCCCACUACCGGCACCUGCUUCGGGAGCUCAACGAGCAGCGGCAGCACGGCAUCCUUUGCGACGUCUGCAUCAUCGUGGAGGGGAAGAUCUUCAAGGCUCACAAAAACGUUCUGCUCGGGAGCAGUCGCUACUUCAAAACACUGUACUGCCAGGUACAGAAAACCUCCGACCAGGCCACGGUCACCCACUUAGACAUUGUCACUGCACAAGGCUUUAAGGCAAUCAUUGACUUCAUGUAUUCUGCACACCUAGCGCUGACCAGCAGGAACGUCAUCGAGGUGAUGUCUGCUGCCAGCUACCUGCAGAUGACGGAUAUCGUGCAGGCCUGCCACAACUUCAUCAAGGCAGCUCUGGACAUAAGCAUCAAGUCAGAUGCCUCGGAUGACCUUGUGGACUACGAGCUGGGAGCCCCCUCCAGCAGCAGCACGGACGCUCUGAUCUCAGCAGUGGUGGCUGGCAGGAGCAUAUCGCCGUGGCUGGCUCGGAGGACGAGUCCAGCAAACUCUUCAGGAGAUUCUGCUAUUGCCAGCUGCCACGAAGGAGGGAGCAGUUAUGGGAAGGAGGAUCCGGAACCAAAAACUGACAGCCACGAAGACGUUUCGUCCCAGUCGCUUUGGUCCAGUGACAUGGGCUAUGGGUCUUUACGUAUCAAAGAGGAACAGGUUUCUCCCUCUCAUUAUGGAGGGAAUGAACUGCAUUCUGCCAAGGAUAGUGCAAUACAGAACGCUUUCUCAGAGCAAGGAGUGGGGGAUGGCUGGCAGCCCACGGGGCGCAGGAAGAACAGGAAAAACAAAGAAACUGUGCGUCACAUUACACAGCAAGUAGAGGAUGACAGCAGAGCAAGUUCUCCAAUGCCAUCUUUUUUACCUGCCUCAGGAUGGCCGUACAGCAGUCGAGAUCCAAGUGCUGAUGUGACGGCAGCAGAGCCCAGCAGCUCGGACAGCCGGGGGGAGCGGCCGGACCCAUUUGUGCACAGCGAGGAGCAGCUGCUGGGUGCUGGGGAGGGCAGCUACCUGCCGCAGCCCCCCCUGGACAGGGAGGAUGCACUGCAAGCUGCCACCGUCGCCAACCUGCGCGCAGCACUCAUGAGCAAGAACAGCUUGCUGUCGCUGAAGGCCGACGUGCUGGGCGACGACAGCUCCCUGCUCUUCGAGUACUUACCCAAAGGCACGCACUCUCUCUCUCGGCCUGGCACCAACUGGAGUCGUUCCAGGGGCGAAAGUGAUGGCAAAGUGGAAGCUGCGUCCCCCCCGCUGCCUGCAGCACACCUUGCCACUCAGAGCCCCCCCGCCAGCUGCUCCUCUGGUGACAUGUCACCAGAAGCCACCGCGAAAGGAGAGCUGCCCUCUUCCACCCAGGCUGCUUACGAUGGGUUUCUGGCACUUUGGCCAUUUGAUAGCUCUGACUCAGAUGCGUGUUUGAGGUCAGAAGGCACGGAUGUAACCCACGACAGCCCAUUCCCAGACCCAGCCCUGCCCAAGGGACUGACCUGCGGCUUCUGCAGGAGGGUCUUUGAGCGUGCAGAGGAGCUGCAGGAGCACAUCCACGGGCACAUCUACCAGCACGAGGCUGCCCUCUCCCUGCUGCUCCCUCUGGAUGCCCGUACACGGCCCGGCCUGCUGGGCACCGUGCCUCCCGGCCGCUUCCAGUGCGCCCAGUGCCCCGCCAGCUUCACGCUCAAGUCCAACAUGGACCGCCACGAGAAGAUCAUCCACUUCAACUGUAAGAAGAUGCAGUGUCCUAGCUGCACCGAGCCAUUUCGUGACAAGACAGACUUAACCCAGCACCUUGUGUCUGUGCACUCGAUCGAGCGCGCUUUUGUGUGUCUCCUCUGUGGCAAGGGCUUGGGCACACAGAAGAACCUCGCUCGCCAUGCCAAGGUGUGCUGCCCGGCCGCUGUGUGCUGGGCCUUGCUGCUGAGCUAGGAAAACAAACGGUCUCCUUACAAGAGGUGUAAGGUUGUAGAGCAACUCCUCAAAACUGACCAGGUUGGGUGCUGGUGCCACACACCGUGUAGCUGCACCAUGGUGUGAUUCUGGUGUGGACAUGUCCUUGGUCAGUCUACAUCGUGGCACUUUGGAUGCCUUAGUGGUAUGAUAUCCUGCGCACUUAUCUUUAUGCAUCAGUGGAUCUCAAAGUGCUUUAUAAAAGAAACGGUGAUGUUUUCCUGAGAAAAUGACAUCCCUAAGCCUGUGAGCACGUUAGUGGAAUUAAUGGCAGAGUUCGGUAUUCCGUGUUCUGGUCCCAUGCUCUGUUUGUGGUACAAUUUGAGCAUUUCAGGGUUGUUCAGCUUGAAAUGAGGAGCUGUGGGGGUGUGGGGCUGCUUUGCACUGGGAGGUGUUGUCAGGUCUGGGCUUCUGUGUCAUCUGAAGGAGAGGCAAAACACUGUUUGGGGUUUGACAAUUGCCACAGCGUUGGUGUAUUUUAAUACUUGAUCUCAUUUUUGAGUUUUUAGAAGUUCUUAGAAAAUAUACCUGGGUAUGGCUGGGGCUUUCUGCGGUUGUGCAAAUUUUCCAGCUAAUUUAUUUAAUAUAAUUUAUGUUAGCCAAGAUGAAUGUAUGCUUUGGAACUUGAGAACGACUUGUGAAGAAGGUCUCAGCAGUGGUGUGCAUAGAAAACCAGGAGUGGUUCUUAGUGAAAGGUGGAAAUCCUACUGUAACUCAUGUUUUGUGACAUGAAAUUAUUUAUUUAAAAAAAACACUGAAUGUCUUUUGCAAUACAUUUACCUGUCAAACCAGGCUGUAGCUGCUGUUAAAUGAAAGCAGCAUAGCUAAGUGCAGUUGUUCUCAUCAGCGUCUCUGCUGUUGUGUCUAGUUCACAGUGCAUUGGCUUUUCUAGUUCCUUGUCAGCUCGUUAGUUGCCUCGUGGUUUACUUUACUCUUCAGUAAGCAGAAAGGUGAGGUAGUGGAAAGCUGAGCAAGAGGAAAAAGUGGCCAAAAUGGGUUUCACUUGGAAACGUGGGAGCAGCACAGCAGGGCUGUGCACCUGCGGAGGAUUGCAGUGAGUUCUGGUCAGUAGCAUUUCCUGCUGGUUCUUUGCGUGCCUGUGUGCAAAUGUUGUCCCACUGUAAUAUCAGUCACAAGUCUGGUGUGUCCAAAGGACAAAGGUGGUGUUGAAAACCCCGCCACCGUCCCCGUGGAUGUGAUGUGACACGUGUGUCACACGGACAUGUUUGCUCUGGAUAGACAAUGUCUGAUCGUCCAAUGGAGAGUUUCCUAAUUAAAAAUGUUGGCAGAAUCAAUUACUUGUAGGUUGUAACUGCAUAUGAAAACGCUCACAGAUUGUUUGAGAGCUUCAUUCAGCACAGAGCAAUUUCCUUGCAGUCCUCCAGCUCUUUGGCUCCAGCAGCAGUUUCAGUGGUAUUUCACUUUGCCUUCCUGCCUUCAGCUUGGAGGUCUUCCAUAGGGUAUCACCCAUUGGGUUUGCAUAGAAAACUCUUCUGAUAUGAUUAUUUUUCCAACAGUGCUGUUAUUUUUCAGGUGUGUAAAAAAGAUCCAAAGCUAAAUAUGAUGGCUCUCUGGUGACCAUUAGUUCAAUAAAACCAAGGCUGCCAAAGAGCAGUGAUGCAGUGGCACAGCUGCCCAGGGGUGAUGGCUCACUGCCUCUGGAGGUGUUCCAGAGCUGUGGAGAUGUGGCACUGAGGAACGUGGUCAGUGGGCACGGUGAGGUGGGUUUGCUUGAACUUGGGCAUCUCAGAGCUCUUCUCCAACUUCGAUGAUGCUGUGAUUCCGUGGCACUGCUGUGGUUGCACAGCCAAGCUGUGCGUGUCCAGGACUGCUGUGAGAGCAGCGUGCUGCCGAUGCGGGGCUGGCACCUGAGCCUUGCAGCUGCCUCGUAAGCUUUUGUGGUAGCUCAGCCAUAAAAUGGAUGAUUGAUAUUCGUGGUAAACCCCCGAGAGCAUCUGGUCAUUGAGGUACAAUCUGGUGGUGGAGGAUGUGGAGGUUUUUUGCAGCAUUUCCUUCUCCAAAGCGCUUGGCUGUGUAAUCCUGGCCCUGGUUGCAGGUACCUCUGGGUUGGUUCUUUCUGAAGUGGGGUAAAGCAAGCUGCUCGGUGUACCAGUGGGAUGUGCUGCAGAGUGGAGGGAGAAUUGGGCAUUGCAUCCUCUGCUCUAUCAGCUUACAGCCCACCUCUGCUGUCUGGACUGCCAGGCAGUGGGUUUAUAGCAAUCCUAGGGAGGACACUUGUUUUUGUGGCUGUUGUAAUGCAAACGGUUACAAGAUCAGACUGGAAACAUAUCUGUCACAAAUAGCCUUGUGCCAUCGCUGUGAACCAUCUGCAAGACUUCUCCUGCAGGAGAAAGUGGGCUCCUUGCCUCUGGUAAUUACACGGUAUGUCAGAUCUGCUGUGGGACAGAGCACCUCAGCGGGCACCCAGAAACGCUGCUCCAUGUGUCACAUGCCUACAGGCAGGUCUGCCGUGUGCCUUGUUCCCUCUGCUUUCCUGUCAUUGUCAUUUAUACAAAUCCAUUAGCACACAUGAUACAGCGUACUUAUGAUGAUUAACUGCAAUUUGCUUUCUUUUUUUCUCCCUUCCUUGUUAUGUAAACGAUAGAUUGCUUUGAGAAGUGGUGAUAAUUAGGACAAAAAUGGGUGAAAAUUAACAUAUGAAUAGGAAGCCAUAGCACUGUAAGAACUGUAGAGAUUUAAAGGCAUAUCUGUGUGGAUGGUCUAUCCCAAAUUUAUAGUGGGUGGAUGUCCUCGGGGAACAGCAAACACUCUGUUUCCACCUGCUGCAUUUUGCAUAUUGCACUUCAAUGUGUUUGGAGGAGGAAAUACCAACACAGCUGCUGUGUGCAUUCUGCUGGCAAAUUGGACCCCUGGGCUGUCAGUGCUGGAUGCGUCCCCCGAGCCUGCUGUCUGUGCACUCCUAAGGAGAUGACAAGAAGAAAAGAAUCAACAAUGUCAGAACGACUUCAAAUAAAAUUUCAUCGUUUUCCAGUUCGGUAUAAUGUGAUUUGGGGGGGGGAGAAGAACCAUCAAAGCCUUAGACUUGUAGAGCUGGCUUGUAAGGAGGCUCACCAGGGCCAUGCUGUAGUCUGGCACGAUGCAUUCCUCUGUAUUUCUGUAUCUGUGCUGCGGUAGCACUAGUUGGAAGCUGGAUAAUGGAGCAUGGAUAGUCCUGACCUCUUGUUUCUGCUGGAUAAGCUGUAGUCAUUGCACUUCCACUGAAGCAGCAGUGGAGCACACACAGGGGACUCGCUUGCAGCCCCAAAUACCAGCACAGUGUGGUGCUGCUGCUGGGUUCUGCUGGCUGGUGCUCUGCAAACAAGCGUUGGGGUUUUAGAUACUGGUAUUGAGGGUGAUUCCCUACAGUAAGUCAGAAUUGUCAACAGGUUGCCAGCCUGCUGUUUGCUCCUUGACCAGCAUUAGGCAAUGUGUGUUGGGCUGCUCGUGUUUGCGUUCUGCCUCGUUCCAAAGCUGCUCUGAUGAAGGCAAAGCUCUCAGCUACAGUGGAUAUUAAUAAUAUGGAAUAAGGACAUGGAUUUAGAAAAUUGCAGGUGGUGAAGGGGUGAGAGUGUGAUUUCGCAGCGAUCUGAUCUAACAGGAAACGCUGAACCAGAGCACCGACCACGAGGGGACAUUGUGAAAGUAAUCUGCUCGUUUCGCUUGCUCUC